AAUUUCGUCAGUCCCUCAUAUACCUCUGUCGACUACGGAUCUCUCAAAAAAGUAAUAAUUUUUCCUAAAAAAAAAAAAUAAUGUGGUUUUUCUAUACUUUUUUGGUUAUAUCUCUAUUGGCCCAAAGUAAUGGGCAAUAUCAACGCGAUCGUCCUAGACGUAUGCAAGCCUUUGAUUUGGAUAAUGGCGGUGAUGGCGAUGGUGAUAUAGGUAGCGGCGGUACCGGAAACGGAGAUAUGAACGGUAGCGGAAACGGUAACGGUAGCGGAAACUGUAACGGUAACGGCAACGGAAACGACAUCGGGAAUGGCUUCGGAAACGGCUUCGGAAACGGCUACGGAAACGGAAACGGAAAUGGAAACGGCAACGGCAACGGAAACGGAAAUGGAAACGGCAAUAGCCGUGGCGGCGGCGGAGGCAUGGAUAGAUGUGGAGGAUCAGGGCGUGAUGGUAACAAUAAGGGUGACCAAAAAAAUCGUUCCGGGCAAAAGAUGCAAGAGAAUGCCAAGCAACGUAGCUCAGGCAUUGCCAUCCAGGCGGCCAAAGAGGCCAAGAAAGCCAACGAUGAUAUGGCCUUGGCUGUUAAGGUGGCCGCUGAUAAGAUCAAAACCGAAUAUGCUGAUAAGGCAACCGCUGCCGCCAAUGCCGCCGAUGCAGUGCUCUUUGGCAAGGGUCAACUUCUUGAGCAAUUAGAAGCUGAAGUAUGCAAUGCCAGAGCCAUGUUGGAACCGGAAGUCCAGAAAUUAGCCGCCUACGAGGAGAACGAUCAGUUGGCCCAUAAGGCCCUAGCUCAGUCGCGACGUCAAGUGAAGGGUUUAACCAAUUCUGUGAAGGGAGCCAAGGAGAAGCUAUGCACAUCGGAGCAAUUAUUACAUGUUUGGGAGAAAUCGGUAAUGGAAGCAUUUGCUGUUAUGGAGGCGGCACAGAAGCGUGUCAAUAUGCUAAUGCCAAUAUUGAAUGAGGCUCUGCAUGAUCGUGAGAAGACCAGGAAGGCGGCUGAAAUUGCAGCCAAGGCCGCUGAGGAGGCCAGGAGUCGUAUUGACCAUAUGGAGAAGACCGAUGGAUCAUGCCUUGAUAGCGCAGAACUUGAACGUCAGCGUCGUGCCUGGGCAUAUACCCGACGCUUUUAAUUUAUCAAAUGGCGAGAGGCUAUAAAAAUCCAUAUGACGUAUAUUUCAUAGAUAAAUGGAUUUAGCCAAACAAAAAAAUGUUCUCUACCAGUUUUGAAAUUUUCUAAAAUUAACUUUUCAAAAAUUAUAAUGUUAAAUAAUUGAAGCGUACAAGCAAGCGUCUAGCAAUAAUGUUCCAGAUCUCGAACAAGGCUAAGGAGUUUAUAUAACUCCGAAGAAAGCGCUGCUUUAUAUAUGUACCUUUAAAUUACAAA